AUGGAGUUACAACAACUUGUUGCUGUGACUGUGAAUACUUUGGAUAAAAACUUAACGGACGUAAAGGUGUCUGUGGCUUUACAAGAGGACAACACAGUUCUAGGAGAAGAUGUCAAAAGGAAAGUCUGUGAAACACUUGGUUUGAAGCCAAGGAGCCAUGAUUUGUUUUCACUAUUUACCUGUGACACAAAUGCUAAAAUCUUACAACGUGUUCGAGACACAGAUCACAUUUUCUGUCCAGUUAAAGGUCUGGUGUUAAGAAAAUGGUGCUUUACCCAGAAACAAGAAAAUCAGAUCAUCAUAGAUGAUGCAACAGCAUGUCAUUUAGUGUUUUCUCAGGCAGAGCGGGACAUUAAAACAGGGAGACUUGUGCCUAACAAAGAACAAGAACAAAAGCUUGAAGAAUAUUUGGACCCAGGAUUUACCAUUGAGGCACAAUACAUAUACCUUUGUCAGUCAAUGAAGAACUACUUUUCCAUCAGGGUAGACAAUUGUAUGAUGUCUCUGAAAUCAGAAGAUGAAUUUACUCCACUUUCCCUCUCUGAACAGCAGGUCAGUGUGGAGUUGUCCUCAGAGGGUGUUGUAGUAGACACAGGUCAGCAUUCAGUAACAAUACCACUCUUCUGUGUGAGAAGUUGGAGCAUUAACAUUGUUUCCAGUCUCAUACAGUACACUUACAAGAGCCGUGCUGACCCAGAUGUUAUCGUGAUUUUAGAAACAGACCAGUUUCGAUAUCUACAUGCAGGAACAAUGGAAGCUAUCAACGAUUUUCGUAUAAAACAUAAUGAUUCUUCAAGCUUCUUCUCAAGUAUGACCUCCACAUCAGCAGAUGGCACCAUCACCAUCCAAGAAAAUGCUGUGUUUGAUGAUGACAAGGCGAAGAAGUGUGGUAUAGAUUUAUCUGAUCUCAUAUAAUAAUUAAAGGCAUAGAUAUAUACACAUCAUUGUGUUUUCAUAUCUCACAUUUUAGCAUUUACUUAUACAGGAUAACUAAAGUGAAAUCACUGUAAAACAGUUUUUGUUACUGAUUUUUUUAUUAUUGCAUACAUAUAUUAAGGGUAUCACUGUAUAUGUAUGAACAAUUACAGUUGGUAUUUGCUGAAAUAUGAACACAAAGAAGUUAAUUAAUAAUUAUGAAAGGAAAUGCUUAUCAGCAAUCUGGAUAUAUAAACUUUUGUGUGAUAUAUUAAAACACAUGUUAACAAAACACUACCGCAAGCAAACAAAAAUGGCUUCAUGUUUGAAUUCGGCAGGUCAGUGUUGGUGAUUAAUUGAUGCCACAUAUUUCAUAAUUUGGGAUUGACUUAGAGUCAAUAACAUUACAAAGUCUGGUGCUGAAAAAUGUGAUUUUACUUACUGUGUCACUACUGUCACUGUCAUCUCUUGUGUUCUUGUUCACAAAAUGAACUGCCUCCAAACUAAUAUGUAACAUUAUCAGACUAAAUUUGAGAGGGGUUUCCUGAAGCAACUGAAUGGUCAAGCUGGACAUUUGAUAUUGAAAUCAUCACGAUAGCCUAGAAAUGGAAAUAUAUAAAAUCUGUACAAUUAAUGACAAAAUCAGUGUUUUUACUGUGGUGUCCCUUUAAUAGAACCAAAAUUGUGACAACGAUAUUCUAGAAAUUUUGUUAUGUUUAUGUGCCAUCUAAAGAGAGAAGUUUAAUGUGCCAUGGAAAAUUCAUUUUUUAAUCAGCAACUUUAUCAACAAUAUUUCAGACAAAUGUAUAAGUUUUAAAAAGAUAGCCUAUGAAAUGAUCACACAUUUAUUAAUAUU